UUUAAAAAUCACAUAUUAAUUUUAUAUAAAUAGACGUUAGUUUAUUAAAUUUUUAAUCGACAAAAAGUCGAAAAGAAAACUGUAAGAUGCAAAGCGACAAGUUUGCACCGGAAUGGUUUCGUAAAUGUCUGUAUAACUGAAUGCUGAAUUUGGAUGUGAACUAGAAAGUUUAAAGUAUGAAUGAAGGUCGGUUAGAAAGUUACUUUUCAUAUAUUCCCUUCUUUGCGUUUAUUUUCCCUACAACUUUCCUUGCAGUUAGCUACGCUCUUAUCUUAAUUGUCAAGCGUCCUAGCAACUACAUUUUAUCUCCAAGUGACUUAGGAAUUAACCAACCGGAGCAAGGUAUCUAUACAAUUGCUUUGACAUUAGGGAGUGUUAUGACAUUUACAGUUCAACUACUUCGCUACAUUCAAAUAAAUAGUCUUUAUCCGCGAAAAACUAAAAGAGUUAACUUUACAUCAUUUAUUUGCGGUGUUGUUAUGAUAUGUGCACAAGUGACAGCUGCAGCGUUUUCUCAAGAUUACGAGCAAAUUUCUCAUUAUUCAGCAGGGUCCAUAUAUUUUGUUUUUGGGUGCAUUUACAUGAUUACUCAAACGUAUUUAUCACAAGUACUUCCAAUGCAUCACAUCAGAUCUAUUGUUUUUUUUAGGUUAAUCUGCACAAUUAUAGGAUGUAUAUCCCCUAUUAUUUUUGGAACAACAUUUUUUUUAUCCAAGGUCGAUGAUUUUGGUAAUAAAAUUCAAAAACUUACUCAAUGGGUUCUGUUAUUUUUCCUGCACGUAUUUAUUUGCAGUUUUAGCUGGGAUUUUAAUCGGAUAAAAUUUAACUCGUACUCGCUUGAUAAAAGAUUUUCGUUUUCAGGAAGUACGCAGGGCAUAAUCAACAAUACUGAUUAUCCAAGAAAUCAAACCCGUAUAAAUAGAUUCUCAAGUAGAAGUUCGGCACACUACCGAAAUUCUUAUUUAUAAAAAAAUAAAAUUUAAAUAAAGUAAAAGAUUUACUUUUUUAAUUUAAAUUUAUUGUAUUAUAAAACUUGUUUUAUGAUCUUUUGUUUUCAUCGGUUCAACAUUUUCAAAUGUAAGACACUUAAGGUAUAUAUUAUAUAUAUUUAUCUUUUUUUAAAUUUAUUUUUCUUCUCUCACUUGUUUACUCUCUUUUUUUUUACUUUUGCUCAGUUUAUACAUACAUACAUACAUACAUACAUACAUACAUACAUACAUACAUACAUACAUACAUACAUACAUACAUACAUACAUACAUACAUACAUACAUACGUACGUUUUUAUAUAAAUUAGAUCUUCAUUUUUUGUGUAUUAUUUGUUUUCUGAUUAUUCAAAGUUGUAUUGAGUAAAAUGCAUAUAAAAUGAAUUCUGUAUAUUUAAAUUAUGUUAAUACCAGUAUAUUUUAGCAAUGCUUAAAAUGUUAAUAUGAUUGUAUCAAA